UCAUUUUAACGUUGGCUCAGCUCCGAAUACGAGGUAUAUAUACAUUGGAAAAAUUGCUUCCUUCUUACAAGAAUCUCCUAUAGAACAAGAACUCAGCGUAGUAGUGUGUUCAUGUUGAACUAUAUAUCGAACUUUAAUGUUGUAUUUUUUAACUAAAAACGUUUAGAAUAGUUAAAACUGGUGGUUAAAUUUUUUGUGCAACAAGAGGUUAAGUCGUCACGGAUACAUUUCACACUUCUAUCUAGUGCAACAUCUUAUCUACUAACUUCAAGAAUUUUUAGUAUUCAUCAUGAACUCAAAAUCGCUACCCUCUCUUGGGAAAGAAGAACAUGUAGAGGACGAAGUCUUGCCCCCAGCAAGCCCAGAACGUCAACAGGAAAAACUUGCUGCAGCUGCUAAACGAAAAGCAGAGGCAAAGGUGAAAACUUGGUACUGGGAUGCAGCAACCCUCGAAAUGAUGUCGCCCAGUCGAAGGGAUGGCAUCGAUAAGUACAAGGAAUUGAGCUAUCGCCAGCAGGCUGCAAACUUGAUUCAAGACAUGGGCCAACGACUACAAGUGUCUCAGCUCUGCAUUAAUACUGGAAUUGUAUACAUGCAUCGAUUUUACGUGUUUCAUUCCAUGUCGAAAUUUCCUAGAAACAUUGUCUCUGCUGCAACACUGUUUCUUGCAGCUAAAAUAGAAGAACAGCCAAGAAAAUUAGAGCAUGUGAUCAAGGUUUAUCAUUCUUGCCUCAAUCAAUUAUCACCAAACCAUGGGCCUCUACGAACUGACGAGUUUAGCGCAAUUUUCUCAGACUUACAAUAUUGUGAGAUUACUUUGCUACAAACUAUAGGAUUUGAUGUACAAAUUGACCAUCCUCAUACUCAUGUAGUCAAAUGUUGCCAUUUAGUUAAUGCCUCAAAAGACUUGGCACAAACUAGCUAUUUUAUGGCUUCUAACAGCUUACAUUUGACAACUAUGUGUCUACAAUAUAAGCCAACUGUUGUUGCAUGCUUUUGCAUUCACUUAGCUUGCCUUUGGUCAAACUGGCAUAUUCCAAACAGUAAUGAAGGACACGAAUGGUUUUGGUAUGUUGAUAAGGAAGUCACACAUGAACUGUUAUUGAAACUUACCGAAGAAUUUAUGCACAUCUUUGACCGGUGCCCUUCAAAAUUAAAAAAGAAAAUUAAAAGCGUGACCCAUGAAAUUUCAAAUGCUCAGGCAAAUUCACUAAAUUCAAGUGAAUCUACAAAUAAUUCAGCACCAGGAUUAUUUGAUAAAAGACCAACUAAGAGAGAAGAUUUGACAAAAAUUUUGUUACCUCCAACUGGUGAACCUAGUAACCUUCCAAGCAGUGAAACCAGUAAAACUAGUAAUCCUCCAACAAAUGACAGUGGCAAAUCUAGCAAUUCAUCAAAUAGUACUGCAAAACAAAAAAUUGAAAUACCUCAAUAUUCCAGUCGAAGUUCUAAUUUUGAUGCCAAAUCCCGGCCUCUUCCAGGGAUUAGUGAAAAUCCAAAGAAAAAGACAGACAACGUUCUAGACCUGAUUAUGAACAAAUCUGGUCAAGAUAAUGGGCGUAUAAGUGGCCCACCACAAACUUCUGUAGCAAAAAAAGAAUUUUCUGUUGUACAGGCAGCAGAAAUGAGAAAGAAAACUUAUGAUACUUUGAUGUUGAAAAGUUCCACUUAUAAUCAGUAUAUCAGUUCUCACCGGAAUUCGAAUCUCAAACCUUCAGCUAUUAUCCAAGGUUCUAUGCAAACAUUUGGGAACAAAUUAAAUCAAACUCCGUCAAACAAAAAAAUUUCCUAUCCUGGGAACUCGUCAUCACUCUCUAGAAACAAUGUUAAACCAUCAACUUCACAAGAAAAGUCAGGUGUGAUGAAACCACUUGAUUCUGUAACAGAUGAAAUAAAUAAUAUAUUACAAUCUUCUACCAACAAUGCUUCAUACUCAAGCGAAAAGAAAAGAUCGAUAUUUAGUCCUGAACCAACAUCACGAUCUAAAGAGGAUGAGGUAGAGCCACAAAACAAAAUCAAUGAUACUAAAACACAUUCUCAAGCAUUCAAAAGAAUGAUUGAUAGUGAUGUUAAUAAGGAAAUGCAAAUGCAAGCCUAUGCCAAGAGGUUGGGACCAAAUUAUAGCACAUCAGACAAAAAAAUUAAAUUAGAACCUAAUGACUCUACUGAUGAAUCUAAAAAUGGAUACAGUACCCAAGAGAACAGUGUAAAAUCAACUGCAGAUAAGAGCUCAUUAACUAAUAAUACUUCGCUACAUAAACCAAACUCACCUGAAGAAAUAAGAUCUCUUUUAGCAUCUGCUUCCACAAUGCCAUCAACAUUGAGAAUAAAAACAGAAAUAAAACAAGAAGAAUGUUCAACCAUAGAUCUUAGUGUCUUGAACUCUUCUGCGAUUGAUAAAAAUACAGACAAUUUUAAUUCAAAUGAAACUUUCUCAGAACAUAAUUCUCACGAAAAGAAAAAAAAGAAAGAUAAGUAUAAACAUAAAGAAAGAGACAGAAGUAGUGACAAACCAAAAAAGCACAAACACAAAGAUCGAUCCAGUGAUAAAGAAAAACACAAAAGUAGUUCUUCAUCUAGCAAAUCAGAACAUAAAAAUGACUCUCAAAGUUCAAGAUUGUCUAUUGCAUCUACUGCACCGUCUCUCAAAAUUACAAUUCCAAAAGAAAAGAUUGGAGAUUUACCAUCAUCUGGGAAUGCACUAAAAAUCAAAAUUCCUAAAAUAAAGUUGAGUUCAACUAAUCAAACUGGUGAACCUCCAUCGCCACCUAAUGCAGGACCCAUAAAAUUAAAAAUAAGAACAGAACAUGCACCAAAAGAAACUAGUUCUGGAAGCUCCAACACCAGUUCCAAAAGACGACAUAGUGAAGUUGAUGCACAUUUGCCUAAAAAAUUUUGUGCAGAUAAAGUUAAUGGAAAAAGUAGCAGUCAAAAUAAAAAUACAUCUAAGGGUGAUCGAACCUUUCGUGUGAACUGGAGCGUUCGAUUGUCAACUAAGGAAAAUAUCUAAGACACAAGCCUUGCAGUGGCCAACGUUGCAACUCAGCAAACGUUGAAAGCUUCGGAAUAAAGGCACAGUGUUCAAAGGUUUGCUUUUCAAUCUAAAAAUUUUGGGAUAAUUUUUACUUAAAAAUAUUUGAGCAUAUCCCAUUGUUAUUUUAUAAUUACUAUUAAUAUCAUUAAUACAUUAAAUACUCGCGCUAUUUAUUUUUUGACAUAAUUGGUUGUAAAGGGCACAAUUGAAAUAGUAUCGAUUCAUACAAUUUAAAUCUAGUUGUGAAAACUAAUAAAAUAAGUUAAAAAUCAUUUACCAAAAAAAUUGAAACUUACGACCAGUAAUCGUUUGUUAUAAGCGAAAUAUUAAAUUCUUCGGUUGUUUUCAAGCUAAGCUUAUUAUCAAUAGACUAAAGUUAUAAAAAAACUGGCUCAUUUUUCCUGCAUUAAAUAAAAUUUCCGCGUAUUACUUGAAGUUGUAACAAUUUGUAAAUGCAAUUGAAAAAAUUUUCCUAUAAGAACUGAUUAUAUUUUGAAUAUUACAACGUUUCAAAUGAUGUAUACAUAAAAAAGUAUAAAUACGCUUUGCCUAUCGAUGAAAUUUCUUCUAACUUAAGUAGAAUAAAUAGUAACAUUAAAUAAAAUAACGACUGAUUGCAAUCGACUAUCAUGAAAAAUAGAAUGAAAAAGUAAAAAUUAAUUUCUUCCAAACAUCGGGUUUAUGCUCUAUUACGUGUUCCUGCGUGUAAAUUUAUCUAAGGAUUGAAUGAAUCUCGACCUCAAUUUUUUUUAAAUGCCUAAAUUUUGUUUAAAUAUGUGAUAAAUGUCAGUUCACAUUCUUUCUUUAUCCAAAUAAAAGCUUAAUAGAUUUGAUAGAAAAAUUCGAAAAAUUAUUUCUAUACUUGAAUGUUAGAAGCUUAUAAUUAAGAUACUAAUAUAUCAGUUAAAGCUGUAAAGAUCUCAAUUUUCCGACGAAAAUAUCAUUUUUGUCAGAGAAUCGUAAUAUCAAUUGUAGAGUUACGAUUUUUUAUUGUAUUGACGCACACUUGAAGCUGCAGAGCGUGAGUACACUUCAACUAACGCCUGUAAAAAAAUUAAUGCUACUUAAUAUGAAUUGUUUAAAAAUACCCCCUCUCAUUAUUUCUUAUUACUGAAAUUAAUGUUCAGUUGGAUGAAUCGUAAUGAGCACUUGCGGGAAAUAGGAAAAAUUAAUUAAAAAAUUGUUAUAAAAAAAUUUAUCAUUCAAGUGUUUAUUAAUCAAAUUAGCACACGAAAACGUUACUAGUAGUAUCAAUAAGUAAAAAUGAUUUAUCUUUUAUAAUUACAAUUUGAUGUAACGCAUCGUUAACUUAUAGUCGAUAAAUUAAUGGUGAUUACAUAAAAUACCAUUGUUUUCUUUCAAUUUAAUGUAAUUACUAAAUUGAAAAAGAAUAGCCAAUAUUAUUUGUCACAAUGAAAUUUUAAG